AUCAGCAGCCGCCGCCUGACAACCUCCCACAUUUUCCUCGCGUGGCCAGACAACCCCCUCUCACCUUCUUCCUUGGGAUCGCUCCCGAUCCAAAAUCCAUCGGCCAACCACCUUCUCCUCGAUCCAAAUCAAAACACUCUCCCUGGUUUUCCCCAAUGAGUCUACCACAGCCCGAGUCGUCCUCGAUCCAGAUCGAGGUGAGCCGUCCGCGCGCUCCAUGCACCUCACGCCUCCUCCCCUGCGCCUCGACGUUGCUGGAGACCAGCUCCCCUACUCCUUUCUCUCCUCUCUCUCUCUCUCUCUCUCUUACGCAAUGAAGCUCUCCCCUUGUUCUCUUCUUCACAGGGAACCGAGCCCCCAUGGCACCGCCGCCUCGUCCCCACUGUCCUUCAUCUCGUUGCCACCCUGGCCUCCUCCACCCUCACCGGAGUUCGUGCCAAGUACAGCGCGGCCACCGCCCCUGCUUCGCAGCAAGCCGCUGCCCCACGUUAACCUGCUGCUCGUCCUCAAGGUCGCCGGCAUGGGUCUCGCCAAGCCAUCGCCCGUUCGUCCCCGUCGGAGCCAUGAAGUCGCCCGUACGAGACCUCGUCUGCCUCCCCUGCAACACUCAUCUUCUGCCGAAACUCGAGCCUCCACCGUCGCCCUCUGCAUCUCCCUGCAUCCCGCGCCUCGAUCUUCCCCAAGACCGGCAGGAUUCAUCUUCCCUCGCCCGGAUCCACCCGUUCUGGUCGGUUCCCGCCGACCCCAUCGCCAGAACCUCCCCUGGCGCCAUCUUCUGCAUCGCCAUGAACCUGAUGCUGCUUCUGUUCUUCAUUCUUCAGUAACGAACAACAGCAACUCGAGCCGCUCACCCCUCUGCUUCACACGCUGGACCGCCAAGUCCCUCCUGUGCACCAAGGCCCAGUGCGCCCCUCUCCUCUCAGUUGUGGGCCUCAGCCCAGGGUGAGAUCCCCACAGCCCCUCCUCUCUGUUGGCCCAACAUGCACCAGUUUCAGCCCAGCUCUAUUUUUUUCCGUCAGCGAUUUUACCUAUUUCCAGAGAACUGCAUAUUUACAGAUCGACCCCUAUUGUUCAUGCAUUUAAUAACUUCUAAACCAUGCAUCGGAAUUAAACAAACUUUAUAUGUAAAAUUCUUAGAAUUUAGUCUAGUUUCAUAAUAUGCCACUUUCAUCCAUGUUCAAACUGUUAAACUUGUUGUUUCCAUUAAUUUGCUUAAAUAACUUGUUAAAAUAGUUUAUUUCAUAACUAAUUAACUGUAGCUCCAAAUUAAAUAAACUAUAUAUGUAAAUGGGGUGUAAAAAUGCAUAGAUUAACAUGAUGACAUUACUUUGCAUGAUUAACAACUCUAAAAUUGUGUGUAGGGCAGAACUGUACCAAAUUCAAAAUAUGCACAUGGGGAUUUUCUGGAAUUGUUGUUUGUCAUUCCGGCCUCAUUUAAACUUGCCUAAAUAGUAGUUUUAUUAUGCUUCACCUCUUGCCAUGUUAACCAACAUUUAAUUUGAUGAGUAGCUUAAACGAGAACGAACGAAAUAAUUGAAUGUGGUGUUUCGUCAAUAUGCAACUUGUUGCAUAUUGAGCUCCAAUUAACUUGUAGUAUUUUUUGUUGCACUUUGGCAUGCCAUGCCUCAUUAAACCGGACAUGCAUCAUACUUGCUUGUGCAUCAUGUCAUGUUUAUGUUAUG